GUGGCCCGGCGCGGCCCGGCGCGGCCCCGCAGCAUGGCCAAGCACCACCGCACGCCCGCGCGCGCCGCCGAGCCCGUCAUCGAGGUCAAGAGCAAGUUCGAUGCCGAGUUCCGCCGCUUCGCCAUGAAGCGCUCGGGGGCUGGCGGCUUCCAGGAGUUCUACCGCCUGCUGCAGACCGUGCACCAGAUCCCGCGCCUGGACGUGCUCCUGGGCUACACCGACGUGCACGGCGACCUCCUGCCCAUCAACAACGACGACAACUACCACAAAGCCCUGUCCUCCGCCAACCCCCUGCUCAGGGUCAUCAUCCAGAAGAAGGCAGAGUCCGAGGCCGGCGUCUUCGCCUCCAACUCCCUGCAGCGGAAGAAGAAGGGGCUGCUGCGGCCGGCGCAGUGCCGCGCCAAGCCCGGGCUGCUCAUCGGGCUGCCGCAGGACUUCCGCCAGAUCUCGUCCAUCAUCGACGUGGACAUCCUGCCCGAGAGCCACCGGCGCGUGCGCCUGCACAAGCACGGCUCCGACAAGCCCCUGGGCUUCUACAUCCGCGACGGCGUCAGCGUGCGCGUGGCCCCCCACGGCGUCGAGAAGGUGCCCGGGGUCUUCAUCUCCCGCCUGGUGAAGGGCGGCUUGGCCGAGAGCACGGGGCUGCUGGCCGUCAGCGACGAGAUCCUGGAGGUCAACGGUAUCGACGUGGCCGGCAAGUCCUUGGACCAAGUGACGGAUAUGAUGGUGGCCAACAGCCACAACCUCAUCAUCACCGUCAAACCGGCCAACCAGCGCAACAACGUCAUCCGCGGCAGCAAGGCGUCGGGCAGCUCGGGGGUGUCCACGGACAGCACCCCCAGCCAGCACACCCCCAGCCCGGCCUCGCACUACCUGGGCAACUCCAGCGCGGCCGAGAGCGACGAGGAGGGCGACCUGGUCAUCGAGAGCGACGGCGCGGCGCGCUACGAGCCCGGCGGCUGCCCCAACGGCGGCCCCAGCCACGGACCCCUCCGGCGCAGCCUCUCCCCGAGGGGCUCCCUCCAGUCCCUGGGCAGCCACGACGGCAGCCCCGGCCGGGGGGACGGCGGCCUCCUCACCCUAUAGCCUCAGCCCGCGGCCUGGGGGUGCUGGUGGGCUGGGGGGGUGGGAGGGGGGUGUGCUGCCCCGCCAGCCGCAGCCCCGGCCGUCCCUCGGGGCCACUCGCCCCGCUGCUGGAUGGGGGUUUCAUUGUUUUAUGCCAAUAUGCAUCAUGAGUUAAUAUAUUGCCAUGGACAGUAAAAACCUUUUCUAGAAAGCAGCCCCUGGGCCCUG